GUUUCAUUGGGGGCACAAAUCCAACAAUGGCAACAAUGAGGCCGAGGGCUUGUCUGGUUUAUGUAAAUAAUGCAUCAAUAGCUGCACUUUGCCACCUCCUUUCUCUCAAGGUGCCUAGAUGCUCAUCUCAUCUCACGUUUGGCAUCGGGCUCAUAUAACUAAGCCUGCCUGACUUACACUCACUAGCUCGCUCGCCCACUCACUUCAAACAGUCAAAUCCACCGACAGCGCAGGCGCCGACUUCACAAUCCUUCCAUCCACGCAUCUUCCCGCACCUCGGCAAUUCAUACGCUUGUCAAGCAUUCACACUCAUUUCUGCACGCUCUUUUCGACCAACUCAGCAAACAUUACCUACCCCAGCUAUCCCUCCUUCGCAAGAUGGCCGCUACACACCGGCUACACUUCGCACUGGCCCUCCUGGCCCUGCUGUUCGCACGGCUCUCGAUCGCAGGCGAGCUCGUUGCCCGCCAUAUCGAGCUGGUCUCGCCGCAGCCUUUCGUCUUCAACGAGUUUGGCCCCACCAACCCCCUCAGCCCGGACGGCUCCGACUACCCUUGCAAGAACCCCCAGGGCCAGGACCUGAAGGUGGCUGGCGGCGCCCCCACCGAGAUGGCCAUCGGCCAGGACCAGACCAUCUCCUUCAACGGGACCGCUGUGCAUGGAGGGGGCAGCUGCCAAUUUGCCCUGGCUGAGGGGCUGGCGCCGACCAAGGAUUCUGUCUGGAAGGUGAUCCAAUCGAUUGAAGGAGGAUGCCCGAAAUCUAACAUCGAGGGAAACCUAGAAGACGGCCAGUCGCCAGAUGAGUACACCUUUUCCAUCCCGGACGACUUCGCCCCAGGUGAUUACACCUUCGCCUGGACCUGGGUCAACCGGAUCGGAGGACAGCCAGAAUUCUACAUGAACUGCGCCCCCAUCACAGCCACAGGAGGAUCAUCCGGCUCGCGGCGCAUAGUCAAGGACCGUCGCCUGGCACACGACCGCCGGCAGCAGCAGCAGCAGCAGUCCAGCUACCCAGACCUCUUCCUCGCCAACAUCGGCGAGGCCAGCAACGGCUGCGACACGGCCGAGGCCCUGGCCCAGCAGGUCGCCAUCGAGUACCCGUCCCCGGGGGCCAACGUGCUCACCCCGAACGGCGCCGAGGGCCUCUUCAAGCAGCCCUGCGACGGGAACCCGCGCAAUAGCGGCAGCGGCGGCUCUGCCACCGGCGCUGCUGCCGCUGCCGCGCCGUCUGCGACUGGUGCCUCUGGACAGACGGGAUCGGGCGGCGUGUCAGGAAGCAAACCCUAGGAGGGGGCGUGUACUGAUGGGCACCUGAUCUGUGUGGGAGGUACGCGGUUUAGCAUCUGUACGGGAGGGCGGUGGACGCCGUCCCAGGCACUGGCGUCCAAUAGCCGGUGCAAGGUUGGGCCGGCGGGUGCUGGAUUAGAUGUCACUGUUGAUUAGAUAGUUCUUGGCGGUGUUUGUGCACCUAGGCUGAGCCUAAGACUUUAAGUCGAACAUAGAGACUAGAGAGGUAUGUUGUCUCUAGCACAGAUAUGAGACCCGGUGGAUAUCACCUAGGUAUCGUUCUUCUUUUGAUGAGGUUUCCCAGGGUUUCCAAUGCUGCAUGUGAAACAGUCAUGGAAAUUCUCCUCUAUUACUGGCAUAAGUCAGGCCACAGUGGUAUAACAUUUU